AUUAAAUUAAGAAAAUGAAAAUAAUAUUCUUAAAACUAAAGCAAACUAAAACAAUAAAAUAAAGAAUAUCCAAAUACAACUAAAAAUAAAAAUCUAGUUUUUUUCCUAAUUAUUGUAUUCUUUGUUGAUUGGAACUGGUCGCUUCCAGUUGCUUGGUUAAAAUCAUUCCCAUAAGCUCGCUCACAGGGAGAUCACUCAGAGUAUAACCCUGAAAACAAAAGCGCAUUUCAACGGAUCCAAUCGCUCUUUUUUUUUCUUGGAUAAGAAUAAAAUAAACAAAACCCCAUUUUCUUAAUUAAUCCUCGCGGGUAGAUUGAUUUUUGAUUGAUUCUAUAUAAAUAGAUAUAAAAUAAAAAAUUUCUAUUUAUUCUAAAUCUAUAAUUUCGAAUUUAUAUUUAGAAUAAAUAGAAUUUCGAAUUAAAAGUUUUUUUAUUUCUAAAAUUCUAAUAAAUAUUAGAUAUUAGUUAGAUAUUAGAAUUCCUUUUAUUUAGAAAAAUCCGAAAUGAAGUGAAAACGAAAAAGUAUUACUUGUUUUGGAUUUGUAUAGUAUUAUACUAUAUAUAGUAUAAAUAUAUAUUUAUACUAGUAUUAUACAAAUUAGUACUAUAUCGAAAUGAAAUCGAAAUAAGUGGAAUGUAAAUAAAAUAGGAUUAAUUCCAAUCAAUAAAUCUUAAAACGCAACAUGGAAACACCGCAAACAAACGAAACUGGACGAUUCGAUCAAACUGAAUUGUUGUUUUGACUAAACAAACAGUUGCGGAUGACUUGACAAUGAAUUCCAGGUCGAAGCGACUAAUCCGAUCUAUUUUUCACAUUCAUAGGAGUUCGUCUAUGUUUCUGCUUUACGAAUAUGAUAUUUUCUGGGCAUUUCUAAUAAUAUCAAGUGCUAUUCCUAUUUUGGCAUUUCUAAUUUCUGGAGUUUUAGCCCCGAUUAGAAAGGGUCCAGAAAAACUUUCUAGUUAUGAAUCGGGUAUAGAACCAAUGGGCGAUGCUUGGUUACAAUUUCGAAUCCGUUAUUAUAUGUUUGCUCUAGUUUUUGUUGUUUUUGAUGUUGAAACGGUUUUUCUUUAUCCAUGGGCAAUGAGUUUCGAUGUAUUGGGGGUACCCGUAUUCAUAGAAGCUUUCAUUUUCGUGCUUAUCCUAAUUGUUGGUUCAGUUUAUGCAUGGCGAAAAGGAGCAUUGGAAUGGUCUUAGUUCCUGAAUAUUCAGAUAAUAAAAAGAAAGAAAAAAGUCAAAAUAAUAAUAACAUUGAGUAUGAAUUCCAUCGAAUUUCCCUUACUUGAUCGAACAACCCAAAAUUCAGUUAUUUCAACUACAUUAAAUGAUCUUUCAAAUUGGUCAAGACUCUCCAGUUUAUGGCCGCUUCUUUAUGGUACCAGUUGUUGCUUUAUUGAAUUUGCUUCAUUAAUAGGCUCACGCUUCGACUUUGAUCGUUAUGGGCUGGUACCAAGAUCGAGUCCUAGACAGGCAGACCUAAUUUUAACAGCUGGAACAGUAACAAUGAAAAUGGCGCCCUCUUUAGUGAGAUUAUAUGAACAAAUGCCCGAACCUAAAUAUGUUAUUGCUAUGGGCGCGUGUACAAUUACAGGAGGGAUGUUCAGUACUGAUUCUUAUAGUACUGUUCGGGGGGUCGAUAAGCUAAUUCCCGUGGAUGUCUAUUUGCCGGGCUGUCCCCCUAAACCCGAGGCAGUUAUAGAUGCUAUAACAAAACUUCGUAAGAAAAUAUCUCGCGAAAUCUAUGAAGAUCGAAUUAGAUCUCAACAGGGGGAUCGGUCACCAGGCGGACUGUUAGCCAGUGUGUAUCAUCUUACGAGAAUAGAGUAUGGUGUAGAUCAACCGGAAGAGGUAUGUAUAAAAGUAUUUGCUCCAAGGAGUAACCCUAGAAUUCCGUCUGUUUUCUGGGUUUGGAAAAGUUCGGAUUUUCAAGAACGAGAAUCUUAUGACAUGUUGGGAAUCUCUUAUGAAAAUCAUCCACGACUGAAACGUAUCUUAAUGCCCGAAAGUUGGAUAGGGUGGCCUUUACGUAAGGAUUACAUUGCCCCCAAUUUUUAUGAAAUACAAGACGCUCAUUGA